AUGUUUUUCUUGUUGCAUUUUUGUCUUCUGAUUGGCUACAGAUUUAUCACCGACCUUAUAAAAAAUGCCACACGCGGAGCUCCAAGAUCUGCUUGAAUGUUUUGAACAGUUCAACCUAUUGUCUCAUAAUAAAAUCGCCAAUAAUUUUGUGCCAAAAUGAAGGUCCAAUAUUUCAUAAUAAUCCUUGCAGAGUUACUGCUCUUGUGCCCACUAUAUUCUCAGGCCAGCUGUCGCUGUGAGCAAAUAACAACUUAUAGCAAUGGACGUCGUGUUUGCUCUUGUAAACCUGGAUAUGUUGUCAGCAGCAAAAACCCAAACAAGUGUCAAGACAAAGAUGAGUGCAAAGAUUCUAAUCAAACAAUAUGUGAGCAUACAUGUACCAACACAAUUGGAAGCUACGAGUGUUCCUGCAAUUCAGGAUACAAAGCAAACAGAAUAAAUCCUAACAUAUGUCAAGACAUUGAUGAGUGCAAAGAUGGCAAUCAAACAGUUUGUGAUCAUACAUGUAUUAACACUUAUGGAAGUUACGAGUGUUCCUGCAAUUCUGGGUACAAAGUAAACAGCACAAAUCCUAAUAUGUGCCAAGACAUUGAUGAGUGCAACGUUUCUAAUCAAACAAUAUGUGAGCAUACAUGUACCAACACAAUUGGAAGCUAUGAGUGUUCUUGCAAAUCAGGAUACAAAGCAAACAGCAUAAAUCCUAACAUGUGUCAGGACAUUGAUGAGUGCAAAGAUUCCAAUCAAACAGUAUGUGAGCAUACCUGUACCAACUCAAUUGGAAGCUACGAGUGUUCUUGCAAAUCAGGAUACAAAGUAAACCUCAUAAAUCCUAACAUAUGUCAAGACGUUGAUGAGUGCAAAGAUUCUAAUCAAACAAUAUGUGAGCAUACAUGUACCAACACAAUUGGAAGCUACGAGUGUUCCUGCAAAUCAGGAUACAAAACAAGUAGCAGAGACCCUAAAAAGUGUGAAGACAUCGACGACUGCACAAAUACAAGCACACCUCCAUGUGAGCAGAUCUGUACUAACACGAACGGAAGCUACUCAUGUUCUUGCUAUCCUGGUUAUAACAUAAACAAAACCCACGCAAACGUAUGCGACAGACCGUGUACUGCUUAUCCACAAGGAAGGAACCUAGACUACGCGCCUACAACACACAAGAUUUACUACAUUUUCGUAAAAAAAAUCCAGGAUUGUUUCGAGAAAUGUGUGUCAAAUACGUCGUGUUAUGGAUACGAUUAUGUAGUUGGCAAGGUCUGUAGACUUAAUACGUUUUCUGGAAAUGGGAUUGAUAUCAGCAAAGAAUCAGAUGCAGCGCCGUAUAUGUUCUGCAGGAAUGUUACAGCUCAAUGUAAAAGAUACAUUGUCGAAUUUGAGCUGGGAACUUCAACUGCUUCCAAUCAUAAGGAUUGUUUUACUGAUUGCGCAUUGCAUCCUAAAUGUUUUGGAUAUAUAUAUGACGCUAAAGCCAAACAAUGUUUUUAUGAUAUCAUAUCUGGACCUGAGACUACCUCGAACGCGGAAGAAACUACAACUUUACUUAUUUUUUGCUAAAAGUUGUGUUCGAUGUCCUAAGCUUUAUGAAAAUCAUUAAAGAUUAAGGCCAACUUAAUCAUAAUGCAUUUGAAUUAAAAGAAAGGCAAAAUUAUUAUUAUUGUAUUAUUUAUUGAUGUAUAAAAUCUUCUAGAAAAACAAUGCAACACAGCUUUAUUUA